GUACAAUACAAGAAAACAAGUGAUGAGAAUAAACAAAUAUUUGAAUUAGGGGAUUGUUUGUUGAUCCAACACCAAAUUCUCGAAACUAACAUCAUAAGAAUUGUAUAGCAGAUGGUAAGGAGAAUUACUAAGGUGAUCUAGGGAGUGAAAGGAUUAAACCCUGAGAGUGCCUGGCUUCCCUGGAACGGGAAUUUAUGGUACAGCUAUAAAAUGUACCACAAACCUUAGGGUCUUUAAAGGCAAAAGAGAGGUUGGCAUAAGUUCCAAUCCUUAAAAAGCCUAAUUUCAAUCAUUCGUAAUUCAGCAUAAAGAAAUAGACCUGAACACCUUAAACCCCAAGAAUGACCAGCAAGUAAUUUCCUUUACUUCCACAGUUUCACAGUAACUGCUGAAUCAUUCAUAAAGAUCAUGUAAGAAUAAAGGAAAUGAUCACCAACCUAAAAAACUUUGAUUGUUUAGCAAAUUCUCCUUGUCAGUACCAAAGGAGGUGUAUAAAUGAGAGUACAGAGAACAUGAAUACCAAUGUUAGGGUGUAAAGGGUUGACACGGCAGGCUCUACAGCAUAAACAAUUUGGUGUAAAAGGGUUUAUUCCCAAGAUUUUUGUUGUAUGUUCUCUUGCUUUGUGCAAAAAUUUUUGGGGUCUAUAGAACUGGUCUUCAAUAUACUACAAACAUACUACAUUUACUGUAGACACCUCAAAAGGCAAGGUUCUGAAAAAAGCCUUUUAUUGUGAUUGCUUAUGAAAUAAACUGUAAAUUUUGAAAGUGGACAACAGUUUACCACCUAAUUGUAAAAUGAAUUCAAUAUUCUUAAUUUGAGGAUUUUCCCUCAAUGCACUUGAAGUAAUUUUGAUAUUACCAUCACUAAAUUUAGGGAAAAGUGCUUUCACACAGAAAAUGAAAUUUUCAUCCCAUAUACAAUUAACAUUUUCUGUACUUUAAAAAUUUUGCAAUUAAAAGAAUUCACAAUAUUCUAAUCAAUAGUUAUAAUGUUAAAGAUAAAUUUCUCUAACUGUUUCUAUUCUUACAUGUAAAUCACCUUAUAAUUUCUGCAAACUGAUAAAAAUGAAUUGGAAAAAAAGUAAAGAUGUUUAACAUUUGUCACAGAAGACGAUAUAUCAAGUCAAAACCACUUCUGUCACAAGUUGUGGUAAAUUGAUUCAUUUCCUUUUCUAAAUCAUCAAUAGUUUUAUUUUAGUAUUAAAAUUUUUAAAAAUUCAAUAUUUUGCUUGAAGACUUUUCUCAUUUUUGUCAAGGAAGGGAGUAUACAUGACAUUUUUAUGGCAAUCUUUCAGUUGGAUUCAUUUCCACUAUCAAGAAAUCUUUUAUGUUAACAUUCUCUAAAACAGAUAAAUAAAUGGAGUUAGUUUCUAAAGAAACUGUGGUGUUGCUCUAACUGGGGGUAUAAAAAAAUAAUUUGGUUUUAUUGACUGUGUUGAUGAUGUAGAUUGGCCAACAAGAACUGACUUCCCCACUUCUUGUAAUCUUGAGACUUUGACUAGGAUAAAGGUUGUGAGAUCAUUUUGAAAGAAAAAAUGCUCAGGUCUUGGAAAUGAAAGAUUCAAAAAUUACACUUGUUAAGUUUCAAAGCCCCCCACUGAUUCCUAUUUUCAUUAUUGUUGGGCCCUAUCAAAGAUCAAUAUUUCUCAGUAAAUUAUUAUCAUAAUUAGCUCACUGAUAUUGCUAUAGUUAAAUCAAUAAAUUAAUAUUUCAGUCAAUUUUUUUAGCUCUCAAAAAAAGUGGUUGAAAAUUUCUCUUUGGUCAUAUAGAAUCUCUUGCCCUACAAUAAAACUAAAAAUCUAUCAGAUAAAUACAAUACUGUAUGUGACAUGAAGAAAUUUGUUUAACAAGAUUGAGUCUUGUAUAUCACCAUGUGUCCAGAGCUUUCACACAAUGGAAAUAAUACUUUGAUUGCUUGUAAUGCCAUACCCAUAAAAUGUUUUGUUUUCCAUCACCUUUUAUUUCAUUAAUGAGGGUUGGUCACUUGGGUCAAAAAAAAAAAAAAAAAAAAAAAAAAAAAGAAAGAAAGAAAAAGAAAGAAAGAAAGAAAGAAAGAAAAAAGAAAAGAUAAGAAACAAUAGAAAAGAAAGGAAAAGUACUUACUACUGGAGCCUAUGUUCAAGAAGAACCUUACUGAGCACAGACUCUGCUUACUUUUUUUUUUUUUUUCGGGCAUUAAAAAAAACUUCCUUUUUCCAUCAUCAUAACCAUGUAAGAAAUUUGGGUACAAAUAAUUUGUAAUCAAAACAAAAUCUUCAACACAUCUUUUUAAAAAUAUAGUGACUAAAAAUAUUUUCAACUAUUCAAAUUUUGCUGGUCAAUCAGUGACUUUGGAUUUUAUUUUUCUUCACUUUUCGUGAAAAAAUGGUUUGGUAGGGUGAUAGAACACAAAAAUAUUUUGUGGGAUGAAUGGUACCGUGAAGUGCUCCUGAAAUUUAAAUCACAAUGGUUGCUGCACAAGCAAUACUUUCCUUACAUUAUACCACUGAAAGACCAAAAUAUUCCACCACAAAUACUUGGAAGAUUUUAAGUAAGUCCUUCACAACUUCAUCAUCAAUACUUUCAUGAGCAUCACAGUCCUUAUGCCAACAUGGUGGGAAUGGCAGUGAUAUCAAGUGCAGAAUUUUAACAUCUAAAAAAGGAUAAAGUCAAAUUAAAAUAAAUAUUUUGCAAACAUUGCAAUAAUAAUCAAUUAACCCUUUACACCCUAACAUCAGUAUGCAAACUCUCUAUACUAUGCUCUCUACAUUUCCUAAGGUGCUGACAAAGAGAAUUUGUUUAACAGUCAAGAGCUUCUUUUUUUUUGAUGAUCAUUUCCUUCAUUCUCCUGACCUAAAUGUGUGAUUCAGGGAUGAUAUUGUAAGGAGAAAUUAGGUGCUAAUCACUCUUACAGGUUAAAGGGUUAGAAUCACCACUAGACUCUUUUAGUCCAUUUCACCCCUCAGAGUGACUAGCAUUUAAUAUCUCCUUAUACUUGUAAUACUCAGUAAAACUGAAAACCAAAACAACUAAUAAGUUCUUGAUUAGCCAACUGCUUCAUUUCAUCUGCAAGUUUCUUUUCACCCUUUAACUCCCAUGAGUGACCAAGACAGAAUUUCUCCUUACAAUAUCAAUACAAUAUCAAGCAGACAAGUGAUGAGAAUAAAGAAAAAUAUUAGUUAAGGGAUUAUAAGUUGAUCCAAUACCAAAUUCUCAAAACUAACAUCACAAGAACUGUAUGA